GGGACAAGCUUCCUCUUGUCCUUGUCCUCAGCAACGUGCCCACUACUUUUUCCUUCUCUUCCUUUCUGUUCUUCUUCAUGUUCUGCUCAAUGUAACAAGGUCUGCUUCACGGGGAAACGAGCCUCGACACUCCCCAGCCCAAACAAUGCCGUUGUCCAUUCGAGGCUCAAGACGAGUCAUCAUCCCCACAAUAGCCCGUCCCUCGUCGUCCUCACAAAAUGAAAGGGCCCCUCCUCAGAGCCAGAACAGCACCACCAGACGCACCAUCGCGACCUUUACGCCUCCGUACCAAGCCCAGGCCAUCUCCACGAUCCAGACCGUCGUCGACCCCUCCAGCGAUGACUUCAAGGAGAACCAGCGCGCUAUGGACGAGGCCAUGGCCCGCCUCACCGAGCUGACCCGCAAGGCAUCAGAAGGAGGCCCACCAAAGGCCAGGGAGAAACACAUUGCGCGCGGGAAGAUGCUGCCGAGGGAUCGUGUCACUGCCCUGAUCGACCCAGGGACGACGUUCAUGGAGCUGAGCCCGCUCGCGGGCCACGAGCUAUACCCUGAGGCGGAGGUGCCCGCGGCGGGGAUCAUCACGGGGGUGGGCGUCGUCGAGGGUGUCACCUGCGUAAUUGUCGCCAACGACAGCACCGUCAAGGGAGGGACUUACUAUCCCGUCACUGUGAAGAAGCAUCUGCGCGCACAGGCUGUGGCGCAGGAGAACAGACUCCCGUGCAUCUACCUUGUCGACUCGGGCGGUGCCAACCUCCCACAUCAGGCAGACGUCUUUCCAGACCGCGAUCACUUCGGCCGCAUCUUCUACAACCAGGCGCGUAUGUCCGCCGCUGGCAUCCCUCAAAUCUCCGUCGUCAUGGGACCCUGCACCGCCGGUGGCGCCUACGUUCCUGCCAUGUCCGACGAGAGCAUCAUCGUCCAGGAGCAAGGGCACAUCUUUCUCGCCGGCCCGCCCCUCGUCAAGGCCGCCACGGGCGAGUCCGUGAGCGCCGAGGACCUGGGCGGCGGCAAGAUGCACAGCAGCGUAUCCGGCGUGACGGACUACCUCGCCGUGGACGAUGCACACGCCCUCGUGCUGGCCAGGCGGUGCGUGAGCAACCUAAACUGGCCCAGCCGGACCACCAGUCCAGCAGCGGCCGCCAAGGAGGGCGAGGGGUUUAGCGAGCCACUCUAUCCUCCUUCCGAGCUGCUAGGCAUCGCCUCGACGAACCUACGCAGGCCGCUGCCCAUCCACGAGGUCAUCGCCAGAAUCGUCGACGGUUCUGCCUUUGCCGAGUUCAAGCGCGACUACGGCACAACCCUGGUGACGGGCUUUGCGCACAUCUAUGGGCAGCAGGUUGGCAUUGUCGCCAACAACGGGAUCCUCUUUUCCGCGUCAGCGCUCAAGGGCGCCCACUUCAUCCAACUGUGCGGUCAGCGCGGCAUCCCGCUCGUCUUCCUGCAGAACAUCAGCGGCUUCAUGGUCGGCACCGACGCCGAGAGGGAAGGGAUUGCUAAGAACGGUGCCAAGUUGGUCACAGCCGUUGCCUGUGCCGACGUGCCCAAGUUCACUGUUGUCGUCGGCGGGAGCUACGGCGCGGGCAACUACGGUAUGUGUGGCCGUGCCUACUCGCCCAGGUUCCUCUGGAUGUGGCCCAACGCGAGGAUAGGCGUCAUGGGAGGUGAGCAGCUUGCGGCCGUGAUGGAGACGGUCGGCAAGACUGUAGACGUGGGUCUCAAGGACAGGAUCGAGAAAGAGAGCGAUGCUGUCUUCUCGAGUGCCCGGCUAUGGGAUGACGGUGUGAUCCCGCCACAGCAUACACGCAGGUAUCUCGGAUUUGGUCUAAAGGCUGCCAUGUCAGGCCGGAAUGAGGUCAAGCCUGGCGAUACCAAGUUUGGCGUGUUCAGAAUGUAG